AUGGCCAUGCAGAGCUUGCUGCAGAACGUGGGCACCAGCUCACUACUCUGUUUGGCAGCAGGGCUGGUCGCCCUCCUUUACCUUCUUACCAGCUUGAAGAAGUCGGUCUGCAAUUUGCCUCCUGGGCCACGACCUCUUCCUCUGAUUGGAAACUUGAAUGUGGUGGACCUGAAAAAGCCAUUCCAGUCGCUGACAGAGCUCUCCAAGAUACAUGGCAAUGUCUUCACUGUGCAUUUUGGACCCAGGAAAGUGGUGGUGCUGGCUGGAUAUGAAACCAUCAAGGAUGCCCUUUAUAAUCACGCUGAAGACUUUGGAGAGAGAGCAGAUAUACCCAUAUUUAGGAAAAUUACACAAGGAAAUGGCAUAGCAUUCAGCCACGGAGAGCAAUGGAAAACUAUAAGAAGAUUCACCUUGUCCACACUGCGAGAUUUUGGAAUGGGAAAGAGAACCAUUGAGAUCCGAAUCCUGGAGGAAGUAAAUUCCCUUAUAAAAUAUUUUGAAUCCUAUCAUGGGAAACCAUUUGAUACAAAGAUGAUACUCAACAAUGCUGUAUCCAAUGUCAUCUGCUCUAUCUUGUUUGGAGAGAGGUUUGAAUAUGAUGAUCCUGUAUUUCUAACUUUGCUGAAGCUGAUAAAUGAAAAUACCAAGCUGUUGGGCUCCCCUAUGGUGCUGUUAUAUAAUUUCUACCCAACCCUUGGAUUUCUCUCUGGAGCUUCCAAGACUGUGCUUCAAAAUAUCAGGGAGCUGAAUGCUUUUCUCCAGAAGCUCUUCCAGGAACACAAGGAAGAGCUUAGUGAAAAUAACUUAACCGGCUUUGUUGAUGCCUUUCUGAUGAAGCAACAACAGGAGUCAAAGAAACCCCACACUACGUUCAGCAACGGAAACCUGAUGUUUUCCACCCUAGACCUCUUUGCUGCUGGGACUGAGACUACUUCUACCACUGUGCGCUGGGGGCUGCUUCUGAUGAUGAAGUACCCUGAAAUUCAGAGAAAGAUUCAGGAAGAAAUGAACCAAGUUAUUGAACCAGGAGAGCUGCCUAAGUUGGAGGACCGGAAAAAAAUGCCUUAUACAGAUGCAGUGAUACAUGAAAUACAGAGGUUUGCCAAUAUUGUCCCAAUGGGUGUAUCACGAUCCACUCCUACCGAUGUGAAUUUCCAAGGCUAUGUGAUUCCUAAGGGUACAGAGAUUAUUCCACUGCUGACCUCUGCUCUGAAUGACAAGUUAUACUGGAAAACCCCAGAUCAGUUCAACCCUUCCCACUUCCUGGAUGCCGAUGGGAACUUCAUUAGGAGAGAGGCAUUUAUUCCAUUCUCCGUAGGACGAAGGGCUUGCCUUGGAGAAGGACUGGCCAAAAUGGAGCUGUUCCUCUUCUUUGCAGGCUUGCUCCGCAAAUUUGUUUUCCAGCCCGCUCCGGGAGUGGAUAAGUCAGACCUAGAUCUCACUGCUGAUGUUGGCUUCACCUUGACCCCCAUGCCUCACCUGGUUUGUGCUGUGCCCUGUGAAUGA